AUCGAGAGAGAUUAUGGAGCAGCCUGUCAGGCGCUCAACACAACUCAUGUAAAAUAACUAAAGUUCUUUGAGACCUAGGAUAAUAAAACAAUUUAGACCCUGUAAAUCUAUUUGGUAUUUUAUGAACAUAUUUUGCGACCAGCAUCCUGUAUGCAAAACAGUGUUUUUGGACUACGACUACUCUCAUAAAGUGGUUUAUUGUUGUAAUGAUAUGGGACAUAAUCCAUAAUCCACCACUGUUGCUUGUACAUCAUAUUACCAGUUGAUUCCCUUUCAGUGUAAACACUCCAUGAGCAGUUCUCACAUUGUCUUGAGAUUCAGGGCUUCUGGGAACAAAGGGUCUGGGGUCUAUAUAAAGCUGUGUCUGUGUCUCCAAGUUUUCUUUGGGCAUUUUGACUAGUUGAGUAAACCUUGCUACAAUUAUAAUUUUUGUGUUAACCUGGUUUCCCUUCUAAAGUUAGUAUGUUUUGACUACUGCGCAAGCAAACUGGCAAGUAUGAGUUGUGCGUGCAUGUUUUGGAUGGCCAGGUAACAGCCAUUCCAAAUUUUAAUCAGGAUGGCGGCGAGAUUGAAAGACGAAGACUGGAGGACUUCCCUGAAGAGAAGACUUGAUUCGCUUGGCUGUCCAUACACAGGCGACCUUGAUGUGGCGGCUGUGGCAGAUCUGCUCACCAGUCCUGGUGAAGGCCGACUCAAGGUGCUGCAGUGGAUUUUCUCCAGGUAUGACUCCCAUCUGGCAGAUUUGUUGGACCCGUCACGAUUUACGGCCGGGGCGCGAGCAGACGCACGGCUACAAAAACUGUUGACGGCGGCCAGUGCUAUGUGCUUGUGUUCCCACAGCGACAUCGCUUUGAUCAGGGGUGAUGCCCCCCUUCAGAAACAAGCGGCUUUCUACGACCAACUGUUGAACAUUGUUUGUUUGAGUGUGCGAGACGAACUCAACAGUGUUCCUGGGAGUUCCAGGGCCUUGAACGACUACCGCUACCUGGAUGCCCUGGCUGGUCAGCAAAGCCUGUUCUCCCCGACCGCCUGGGAGCUGGACCUCCUCCCUAAAGACCUGAGGCCCGAGGUGCAGCGGCUCUCGCUGAAGCGAGCCCAGGCUGGGCACAGCUCGUCGAGCGUCCCCGACGUGCGUGACCUGAUGGAGCAGUCGGAGUCGCUCACACGGGAACUGGACGCACACAACAAGACGCUGGAGGAGCUACACAGCUCGGUUCAAGUCCAAAACCUGGACAGCCCGUCAGAAGUUCUGACCAUGGCGCAGAUGUUGUCGACGGUGAUCUGCGAGCUGCGGCAGCUGGUGGGGGUGUUCAGCCACUGUUACGAGACAAACAUCAGGGUGUGGUGCGUGAAGCCGCCGCCCGAAUCCUCGCAGCUCGGGGCAGCCUUCAGGCGCGUGCACACUUUACUGCAAAAGUUUGCGACACUGAUGGAGGUUCUGAACUCGGUGCGGCAGACACACACCAAGCUGAGCCAGGACCAGCAGGGAGAGGACUUGAGGCAGCGAGUGUUGGGUGAGUCGGUGAGGGGGGAUUGGCCUCCAGAAACAUAUGAGGGCCCUCCUUCUUGUGCCUAA